AUGCGGGUCGGACAGGGCACGGUCGCCUCGAACGCCAAAAGUUCAGGGUUCAAUCUGCAGGCAGCCAGCGAUAACCCAGUGUCAGCCCAGUCGCACAACCGAAUCACACUCUCUGAGUCGCGUCAGAUUGUGCCGCUCGAGCUUGUUUUGUGUGGUGGGGUGGAUGGCAGCAUGCAGGCUGUGCAUAUACGCUCGACGCCUAUCGCUAGGCAUCGAGCACCACGCAUCAUCCUCCUCCUCACCCAUCCACGAGACACCACCAACAUUAUCAUCAUCAAGUCUGAGCACACAAACCACACUAAUACAACACAACCACAGGCAACAACAGCAACACCUCAUCAAGUCACUCCACACGCUCGCUUUCGUCCCACCAGCUGCACCACGUCCGCUUACCUCCUCAUCACGCGUCAUCCAUCACAUACACAUCGUAUCCCGGAUCCCUCCCUCUUCCCCUCCAUUUUGCUCAAUCUAUCUCCAUCUUGA